AGAAGAGCUGAACAUAUAUAUAUAAAGCAGAAGACGAGUGUCAGAAACACAGAAUGGCUGAUAGGAGUCCUCUGUUUCUGCUGCUCAUCUUCUGGACACUCAGCACAGGUGUGUUUGGAGCAGAAGAGACUCCUGUGUUCAGCAGUUCUGGAGAAACUGUUCAUCUGCCCUGUAGAAAUACUGUUCAGUACUGCAACACAUCAGAAACUACAUGGCUCUACAACAGUUACAGACAGACACCGACACAGGCACCGGCUGUUGAACUGAUUACUUUAGGGGUAAACAAGAAAGACACAGGGAAACAUGAGAGACUGAAUCUGGGCUCUGACUGCUCUCUGACCAUCAGUAGAGUCACAACAGAAGAUGCUGGACGUUACACCUGCCAACAGUGGAGAGAAGACCAGAAAAAUAGACCUUAUGCAGAGGUUUCCAUGUAUCUGCGUGUUGUUGCUGUCUCUUCAUCAUCAUCAUCUUCAUCUUCAUCUGAUAUUCGUCCAGCUAAAACAACAACAACAACAACAACAACAACAACAACGACUCCACUACACAUCACAAACCCCAAAGCUGCUUCAGCAGCUGAAGCUAAAACAGCAGCCCUGACUCCAACAAACACAAACACAACUAUAAAACCAGCAGGAGCCUCAAUAACAACAGUGCUUUCAGUUCUGCUUUCUGCUGCUGCUUUGGCUGUUUUCAUCGCUGCUGUUCUGUGUUUGAUCCAGCGCAGAAGAAGAGCUGCUCAUCAAAGAGCGACUGGUGAAUCAGCGGUCAAAGAUGAGAAUCAAGUCCACUAUCAAACAAUCCACAUGUCCAUUAAUCCUGCUGCCAGAGCCCAUGAGCAGACGGAGGAUCCAGUCACUUAUUCUGAGGUCACUUGUGCUGGGAAAAAGCCGGAGAAAUCAGCCAGUGAUCACUCUAAUGAUUCAGUGACUUACGCCGCCGUCAGCAGAAGAGCUUAAUGUGUGCAGAAGAAGAAAAAGAGCCUUCAGGAAUAAACAUCAACACAAACAGGCAGAAAUCACAGCAGCAUCACUGCAGCAUUUCAGGAGCACAAGUUUCCCUCAAAUGCGCAGAUUCAGGACUUUAGUGUGGGAGAAUUGGAGAGAUUUAGAGCAGAACAAACACAGCUGGAAUAUUACUGCACUGGAAAGAGGACAAAGCAGCUGUUCUGAAGGAGAGAAAGAAAGAAAGAAAGAAAGCAGAAAAAUAGGCUGUGUUUGUGGAGGAAAGAGAAGACUGCAGUGGGAGAAUUACAGCACUGUCUGUUUGUGUUACAACUUACAAUCAUCAUCUUCAUUUGUCUCUUCAACUCAUUUUAGGCCCAGUUUUGUCUUGUCUUGCUUUAUAGAAAUGUCUUUUUCAUUUGGCACAUGAUCUCCAACAUCAUCUCCAUGUUUCUAGACUGUAUUUGAACUCCAUUCAUUCAUGUUGAAUCUGCUUUAUUUGUGUGCAGGCAGAGAUAUAAAGCCCUACUUUGCUUUCUACAUCACAUUAAAAGUACUAAAGUGAUUUGAUGUUUCUGGAUCAAUAUUUGACUUCAUG